AGAAAAUGGCUCAAAUGAUUCCAAAGACAAAAAUACCAAUAUCAGUAGAUUGUAUUUUGAAAGAUUUUGAUUAAUUGAGCAUUUAUCUUUGGACUGAAACUACAGGGCUACAGGGCUACAGGACAAAGUCCAAGUGUCAAUAUCUGAAGUCCUGACUGUGAUAAUAUAACAUUUACACAAUUUAGAUUCAUACAAUAUUAUUUAUUUCUGCUAUAAAAUGGCAUUCAGACAUAUUGCUAGGAAAUCUUCUAAAGUUGCGUCUCAAUUGAAGAAGGCAACAUUCACUCGCAUUAACAGGCCAUACAGUAGCAGGCCAGAGACAUCCACAGUUCCUAACAUGAUGGAUAUAGGAACCAGACAAAUUUUUACAGAGGAGCAUGACAUAUUCAGAGAAAAUUGUAGAAGGUUUUACCGUGAAGAAGUUGCACCAAAUAAUGAUAAAUGGGAGGAGGAUGGCCAAGUUAGUUAUGAGAUCUGGAAGAAGGCAGGUGCCCAAGGUUUCUUGUGUUGUGCUGCAUCAGAAGAGUUUGGAGGUCCUGGGGGAACUUGGCUGCAUGACAUCAUUAUGGUCGAGGAACAGAGUUACAUCAACCACUCAGGCUGUGGAUUUGGCAACCACUCAGCUGUUGUAUUACCAUACCUACAGAAUUAUGGUACACAGGAGCAGAAAGAGAAGUUUAUUCCCAAGAUGGCUGAUGGCAGCUGUAUAGGAGCUAUUGUUAUGACAGAGCCUGGGGCAGGCAGUGAUCUCCAAAGUGUGCGAACAAAUGCUAAAAAAGAUGGUGAUGACUACAUUCUCAAUGGGAGCAAAGUGUUCAUCACAAAUGGGCAGAUGAUGGGGGUAGGGGUAGUAGUGGCUCUAACAAAUCCGGACGCAAAGUCUCCAGCGCAUGGUAUAAGCUUAUUCCUGGUUGAAGAUGGAAUGAAAGGAUUUAAAAAAGGCAAAAAGUUGAAGAAGAUGGGUCUUAAAGCGCAGGACACAUCAGAGUUAUUCUUUGAGGACAUACGUCUACCAAAGAGUGCUUUACUAGGUGAAGAGAACAAAGGAUUUUACUAUCUGAUGACCCAACUUCCACAGGAGAGACUCUCAGCAGCCAUUGGAGGAGUAGCACAUGCUGAGUGGAUGUUUGAAGAAACUAGAAAUUAUGUAAAAGAACGAAAAGCUUUUAAAAGAACAGUGGCUGAUUUACAGACGGUUCAGCACAAGUUAGCAGAACUUAAGACAGAGAUAUGUGUUGGGCGAGCAUUUGUUGAUAACUGUAUGAGAAUACACCUUGAAAAGGGCCUGGACCCACAAACUGCAUCUAUGGCUAAAUAUUGGUGUACAGACCUUCAGAACAGAGUGGCGUACGCUUGUGUUCAACUACAUGGAGGCUGGGGUUAUAUGUGGGAAUACCCAAUAAGUCGUGCCUUUGUUGAUGCCCGUGUUCAACCAAUCUACGCAGGGACCAAUGAAAUCAUGAAAGAACUUAUCGGCAGACAAAUCACUAAAUCAUGAGAAAUAAAUCGUAGAGUGAGAUCGAACAAUCACUCGGGUGGAUAAUUAGAAUCUUUCUAUGCUCUUUGAGUUUUCCUAGGGACGGUUUAUAAAUGCAAAUAGGACUUGAUCUUAGAUUAACCCAAUUUAAAGGUCGCCUAUAUAUAAACCAGAAUAGAAAAUUAUUAUUUUGACCUUCACAGAUUUGAUCAGACUGUCUUCAUUGGAGAUUAAUGAAGGAAUUGAUUUGAGUUACAGGCCCGUAGCCAGGGGGGUUCGAUAGGUUUGAGUUAAAAAUCUUUCAAAAUCAUGCAGUUUUUCACCAUUCUGAGCACUUUUUAAGUGAUUUUGGC